AUGAUGAUAACAAUCAGCGUUCGUUUUGUUUUUCUUCUCAUGAGUUUUGCAGUUCGAGUAGACUCUCAAAUAUGUCAGACAACGUCUGCAUAUGAGGAAUGUUCGGGUAACGGUGCCUGUGGAUGCUUUCCAAUGGCUGGUACGGAUAAUAUUGGUAUUUGUGCUUUUCUCUGGCAAUCUUGCGAUGAACUUCAGCCCUGUGGACCCUCGCUAGACUGCUUCGAUUCUGACCAUAUAUGUGUUCAUCACACUCGAUGUGCUGAUCAUCCCGUGUGCUAUCCACUAGCGAUGGCUGAACAAGAUUUGUGUCCAUCGAUGCAAUCCGUGAAAAGCACAACAACAACAACAACAAGUACGAGUACUGUAACUACCAUGAAUUCUGUCAUGCCAGGAAUGAAAUUUGAACGACAUGGAAAGAUAGUUGCGGGAGGGAAUGGCGGAGGAGAAAGCUUAGAUCAACUCUCGAUUCCUAUACAUAUUUUUGUCGACGAAAAGAAAACGAUGUUUAUUACUGAUGAGUGGAAUCAUCGUAUCAUUGAAUGGAAGUACAAUGAAAAUAACGGCCGAGUCGUCGCAGGCGGAAAUGGUCUAGGAGACAGAAUCAAUCAAUUAGCAUAUCCGACAUCUGCGGUGUUUGAUCAACAGAGUCAGUCACUGAUUAUUGCUGAUCGAGAUAACAGACGAAUAGUUCAAUGGUUUAACGAUAAAAAUCAACGAGUUCUUAUCGAGAAUAUCGAUUGUUUUGGAUUAGCGAUGGAUAAAUAUGGAUUCCUGUAUGUUUCUGAUACUGUAAAGAACGAAGUGAGACAAUGGACAAUUGGAGAAAAGGAAGGAACAUUGGUUGCUGGAGGGAAUGGACAAGGAAGUCGACUGAAUCAAUUCAGUCUUCCCACGUACCUGUUCGUCGAUGAGAAGCAAUCGGUUUACGUUUCAGACUAUAACAAUCAUCGUGUAAUGAAAUGGUUGAAAGGUGCUCGAAAAGGAUAUGUUGUUGCUGGUGGAAAUGGGCGAGGCGAUAGUGUAAAUGAAUUAUUUCAUCCUCAAGGUAUUUUUGUCGAUCUGUGGAAUCAAAUUUAUAUUGCAGAUUGGGGCAACCAUCGAGUCAUGCGAUGGCGGGAAGGAGAUCAAGAAGGUGAGAUUGUUGUUGGUGGAAAUGGUGAGGGAAAUCAGACAAAUCAAGUUUAUGGUCCAUACGAUGUAGCAUGUGAUCUGGAUGGGAAUCUGUACGUUUCGGAAUAUAUCAAUCGUCGAGUUAUGCGAUUCGAUUUACAGCAGUCUGACAUGUAG